CUUGCAUCCUCCUCUCAGCAUCUGUCAUUUUAGGGUUUCGCAAGAUUUCCAAUUUUGUUCUUCUUCUUUACUUCGAUGAUGACAAGGGACCGACGAUGUUACAGUCCCAAAACCCGCUCGCCGCCUCUCCGGGCAACUCGCUCUGGACCGGUCCGGACGAUGCCGGGCUGGUCUAGAACGGCAGUUUCCCCCAGGAGGAGGGAAGAGUACUGUGACAAGAGUAACUAUCACUGUGAUGAUAGAGACAUUUGCAUUCAACGGUUAUCUGAGUUUAACGAAUCCUUGCGGCGUGGGGAGUCUGCGUCGACCAAGUUCCGGUGGGACCAGCUGUUGGUCCAAAAAGCUGGAAGAGUGGCGGCUACCCAUCCAGACUACGAGAAUGAGAGGAUCACAAGCUGCUCAACGAGUCCGAUGCUUAGAGACGAAAAUCAGUAUGCUGAUCGUCGCUCUCCGUUUGGGUUUAACCCACAUUUGAGUGAAAGAGAUUCGGGUCUGAGAAACAAUGGGGAUGAUUUUGGGCACCGUAGAGGAUUAUCCAGAGAAGAUAAGCCUAUUGGCAACUACUGUGAUGGUUCUUCACCUACGGUGCCAGCGUCUGCAAGGGUUUUAAGGGGUAACCCAGGGUUUGGUUUUUCGUCUGGAAUGUUCAGUGCGCAUGGGGAAAUGGGUGGCUUUGAUGGGUGUGGCGGGAAAUCCAUUUUGAACCCUUCUCGAAUGCCUGAAGUGGGUUACCCUGAGUUGGAAAGUUAUAGGCAUGUGGGUUGUGGUCCUACAAAGGAAAUUACUGAAUUGCCGUACGGAAAUGUGGUCAGGGGUAGACUAAGAGAUGGCAUUGUGGAUUCUUCGAAUGCAGAAACUUUUGUUGGGACUGGUAGUUGUUCUUCAAGAGAUGAUUUUGAGGAGAACACUGCAUUGAGUCAUCAGCAUAAUCAUUGCUCUUUAUCUCCAAAUUACCUUGAUUUGGGUGGAGGAUCACUUGUGAGGGAGCAAGAUGAGGAGGUUCUGGAUUCUAAAACGAUUUAUCUUCAGAACCAAAAGGGGAUGGCUUUUAGCCGUGAAGGGUCACAAUCCAGAACAGAUGAGGAGUUUCUGCAUUCUAGAAUGACUCAUCUUCAGAAACCAGAGGGAGUGUUUUUUGAUGGUGAAAGCCAGCUUCCCAGACAAGAUGGAGAGGAAGUUCUGGAUCCUCAAAUGAUUUAUAUUCAGAACCAAGAUGUAGUGGGUUUGGACAGGGAAAACCUGCAGUUGAGAAAAGAUUAUGGCUUGGGAAGCUAUACUCUGUCACAGCAUUAUGAUCAUGCAUAUGUGAGUGAAGGUAACCCUCGACAGAUGUUAGUAGCAGAGAAGCUAAUCAUUGGGAACCAAUCUCAUAAGGGACGUAUUAUUGAUUUGAGACAGGUUAAAGAAAAUCAAAGAAGUGAAGCUCUACAAAAUUCAAAUGCCCUUGAUGACAUCCAUAUUAUGAACUAUGGGGAUGAAAAAUACGCUGAUGAAAAUAACAUGCAGUUACAACAAUUAGAAGUCUUAGGCUUCAUGCAAAACCAGGAUUGGAGGGCAUUGCAAUUUGAUGAGCUUGUAAGCCAAAGAUCACCUCCUCGAAGGUCAGUUUUUGAACAAGGGCGCUUGAGCUAUCCUAUCAACUCAUCUACUAGAAAAAGUGCAAAGGAGCGACUGGGACUGCCUCAAUAUGUUUCUAAUCCAAAACCAUUGCUUUGGCUUAACUCACUGAAACGGAAGAAAUGCCAAAAGGAAAAGUUCAAUGAUGUUCAUGAUAAUCACGGUACUGUCCAUGCUCAAUGGCAUGACUCACCAGAAGUUGAUGAGAAACGUGCAAAGACUGAGCCGCCUGAGGACACUAAGGAAUUUGAGCAGCUAGUACAUAAUGCUUUUUUGAAGUUUAUCAAAGUUCUGAAUGAGAACUCAGCUAAUAGAAAGAAAUACGUCGAGAAAGGAGGAACCAGUAUCAUAAAGUGUUGUGUCUGCGGCAGCAUCUCCAAAGAGUUUGUGAACACGCAAAGCUUGGUAAUGCAUGCCCUCUUAUCUGGUAUGGUGGGGCUUAGAGCAGAACACUUGGGAUUGUACAGAGCACUGUGUCUGUUGAUGGGUUGGAACUCCGUGACAACUUCUAGUGGUUCAUGGGUUCCGAAAAUGUUGCCCAACGCUGAGACCCUGGCUAUGAAGGAAGAACUUAUCAUUUGGCCUCCUGUUGUGUUCAUCCAUAACAGCUCCAUAGCAAACGCCAAUUCAGAUGACCGGCUGAUAGUAAGUAUUGAAGAGCUUGGGGCAAUUGUUAGAGGCAUGGGAUUUAGCCAAGGGAUAGACAAGGUAUGUCGUGGGAAACCUGCAAAUCAAAGUAUUAUGGUAGUAAUGUUCCAUGGAACAUUUUCUGGACUACAAGAGGCGGAGAGACUUCACCAACUUUAUACUGAGAACAAACAUGGUAGGGCUGAGUUCCAACAAAUCAAUUCUCGCAGCAGUGGAAGUGGCGAAACGCAGAAAAGGCAAGCAGACAAGGUCCAAACUAUUUUGUUUGGCUACUUGGGCAUUGCAGAUGACCUGCAUAAGCUUGAUUUUGAGACUAAGAGACGAUGUGUGGUCAGAAGCAAGAAGGAAAUCCAGGCCAUUGCAGACAUGAGAACUCGAUCUUUCCAUAUGCAGUAAGAUGCAAGCAGAUGGUCAGAUGGUCUCAAAUUUUUGGUUUUUACACGUUGCAUAGAUAUAGAUUAAAAGUACCAACUUUCCUUUUUUGUGCAUCAUUGACAGAGUUGGGUUUGUUUUAGGGAUGUCCUAUUUUGUUUGCAGUCAGAUGUUCAGAUGGUUUGGUUGUCUGAAUAGAGCAUUUCAAACAUU